AUGAUUCUUAUUUUCCUUCUAACUACAAUUCUUGCUGUUUUGAUUGUCAGACAAUACAAAAGAGCCCGUAAACUACCACCGGGUCCGAUGGCUUUACCAAUAAUUGGAAAUAUUCCACAACUGGUUUACCAGUCAUGGAAACAUAAAGGAAUAGUUCCAGCAUUCGAAUUUUUCCGGAAGCAAUAUGGAAAUGUAUUCACACUAUGGCUGGGCCCGUUCCCUCAUAUCAGCAUCUCCGACUAUGAAACCAAUCAUGAAGUCUUUGUGAAGAAUGGAAACAACUACAAAAAUCGGCUCUUGCCACCCUUGUUUGAGCAUUUCAAUGCUGGUUUUGGAUUGCUAUUCGCUAAUGGAGAGAUUUGGACGGAGAUGAGAAGAUUCACAAUGCUUACUUUAAGAAACAUGGGAGUUGGAAGAGAUAUUAUGGAGCAAAGAGUGCUGGAGGAAAUUGAUGCAAGAUGCGCUGAACUGAACAAAGAAGAAGUCGACGGAAAGAUAAUCGUGAAUCACGGAGAAUUCUUAGAUCUUAUGGUUGGAAGUGUCAUCAACAGCAUUCUUGUCGGGAUACGCUUCGAUGAACAUAACAAGAACGACUUCUUCCAUCUCAAACAUCUUACUCACCAACUAAACGAUGUUUUCACCAUCUUCGACAUGAUGGCUCCUGUAUGGAUUGUUAAAAACUUUUUCCCGAAACGCUAUGCAAAAACUAAGUCAGGCAUGAAUGCAGUUAGUGAUUACAUCGGUCGAGUGGCUGAGCAAAGAUGGGAAGAUGUCAAAUCUGGAAAGUAUGUUUUGAAUGAAGAAAACCCAAAGGACUUUGUUGAUGCAUUCUUUAUAAAAAUGGAGAAAGAAAACAAGAAUGGUGGUCACCCAGCAUAUACAAUAAAGUCUCUGAAGUACGUUCUUUCGGAUCUCUGGUUAGCUGGUCAUGAUACUACAGCUGUUACACUGACCUCUGGUUUUAAUCAAUUUAUGAAUCAUCCUGAAGUGAUGAGAAAAGCGAAAGAAGAGCUUAUGAGAGUCACCAAUAAUGGAUCAAAAUCUUUAAGUCAGAACGACCGAAUUGAAACUCCAUAUUUCAAUGCAACAGUGGCUGAAAUUCAGAGACAUGCGUCGGUUCUUAACGUGAACUUUUGGAAAACCAGCGAUGCUCCUACGACAAUAAACGGAUACCAACUGGAUUCUGGAGAAAUUCUCACAGCUCAACUCGGUGGUUUACAUGCGAAUGAAAAUAUUUUCAAGGACGCAGACAAAUUCAAUCCGGAUAGAUUCCUGGAGAAUGAAAAACUGCUACACCAGCUCAUACCAUUUGGUAUCGGGAAACGAUCAUGUGUUGGAGAGAACUUGGCUAGAAGUAAUUUGUAUUUGAUGUUUGGCAAUCUGUUGCUCCGUUACGACAUCAAACCACACAAAAAAUUGCCGUCGACAGCCGAUCAACUGCCAUAUACUUCUGCUAAAAUUCCAGAUAGAUCCGUUAAUCUUGAAUUUGUUCGUAUUUAA